GGGGUACUAUGCGGCGGGAAGUGUGUGUGCAUGUGAGCCAUGUUGUUCUUUAUGCACUGGGUUCUGCAUUCAACCAUCAGACAGCUGCACAAAGACUGGAAAAAAGCCCAGGAGCCGGGAGAAUGACAUCCUUGUGAAGCUCCUGCAGAGACGAGUGUGCAGUUGGCGGUCCUGAGAGAAGCGGUUGGUAUUUUGCCGAAGUGUCUUUUUGCGAGCGAGACACGUGCUGUAAGCAAAUAAACAGCUUGGUGGCAGUCCUAAGGGAAGUGGUUGGUAUUUUGCUGAAGCGUCUCUCAAGUGUCUUUGUGCGAGCGAGACACAUGCCGUAAGCAAACCAACUUGGUGGCUUCUUCUGGAGAAAGAUUGCUGGUGGAUGCGACCGAGCGUCCCCACAUACCUUCAAGGAGAUCUAUUUGUAAGAUGGGCAGAAUUCUGGCUGAUUGUCAGCGGAUCGCAUUCAUAUUUCCUUCGUUGUCGUACAGAAUGUGCAACGCGCCAUGGACUAUCAUACCACACUAGUUUCCUUCCAUUGGUGAUAGGAGGCCACCAACGAUUGCCACUCGGAUUAGGAAAUCUGUCAACAGAGGCGAGGAGCAUGUCUGCCCGUGCAUCUGAGGCGAUACAAAAUGUGUCUGGCAGCUGUUUGAUCCCUUGUCUGUCCAGGCAUAGUGAACUGAGCUGGUCUGAAGAUGCCACGCAGCGGGUUUGAAGUUGCAGCACGAUUGUUGCGUAUGUUGAUGUCGAUAAAAGCAGAUGCUCAGGCGCCAGUUUUGACGAGCUACUAAACUAGCCGGCUCCUAUCCAGUCCUUUCUCUUCUUCCUCAUCGACUCCCUUGCCAACCACCUCCAACACCGUUUCCGAAGGAAAGGCAGACACUAACCAUAUCUCUGACACUACGACUUGCCAGAGGUGGCAUGAAGUCCUUAAAGCCUUAAAGGAGGAUAUGGCAGGUUCGCUGGCGGUUGGCAGUACACGUAGAUCAGUUUGACAGAUUAGUCGGAUAAGUAUAGUUAAGAGUUUAGAGUACAUGGUAGUCAAGGUGGUUCCUCUGGAUCGUAAAGUCAGCAUGUUGUUACAUCAGAUUCACAAAGGCCAGUAUCUGUAAGAAUGGCUGGCACAAACGUUCGUGAGAGACUGUAUAUGCAGGAAGUGUCGGCGCUCUCACAAUAUGACAGCGUCAAGAAUUUUGUGCAGAAAUAUCUUAACAGCCGCAAAUGUAGAUUCGAGAGAAGUUUCCAUGCACUUGCGCAUUUGAUUGACACUAGCAAAGGUCUUUGCCAUCAGGGGUUCUGUGAAUGGGGGUGUUUUAUGAACUUGUCAGCAUGGUUGAGGUAGAUUGCAAGAACUUGUCAGUAGGAUGAUGAGAACUGUUAGUGCGUCCCACUUUCAAGCUAGCGCGGCGUCGUAACACAGAUUUGCAACAACCUUCCUGGAGCUGGUCUCUCUUCUCGUUUGGAGGCUCAUCCAUCAGGUGUAUAUCGGUUCUUUUACUGGAACAUCCGGAGAAUUCUUCUGUUGCAGAUGUGUGUGUGUGUGUGUGUGUGCUCAUGCAACUCCUUUCCUUGGCACGUGAAUUUGGUGCGUUAUUCGGUGUGUGAUUCAGUGUGAAUGGCUCAUAGAGUGCACAUUUGCAGUUGGAAACUAUUCUGGUUCCCAGUCAAGUGAGUAAUGUCAAGAGGCUAGAACCUGUCUCUUAUACACAUCUAGAUGUGUAUAAGAGACAGGUUGUGGGCUGUGGACGAUUUGUGGUUAGGUGCGAGCUGUGUGCCGUGGGCUGUAGGGGUGGCAGGCCGUGAGCCAGGCGGGGUGGACUGUGGGCUGGAGGCAGAACAAUGGGCAUCGUGCAGUGUUAUGUGGAUUAGGCGCUCGGUGCAGUACCAUGCGGUGUUCAUGUCGUAUUGUCUUGGCUGGAUGCUAUGUGGGCCUGGUGGAGUUCUAUGUGCGCCUGGUGGAGUUCUUUGUGGACUGGGUGUGGCAUUAUGCAUGCUGAGGGAAGCACUAUUCGCGCUGCGUGCAGUGCUCUGUGGGCUGAGUGCAGUUGUGGAUUGAGUGUGUGGUACUACGCGGGCUUCGUUUGAUACUGUGCAGGCUGGGUGUUGCACCGUGUGGGUUGCGUGCAGUACUAUGUUGGCUUGGUGCAGUACUAUGCAGGUUGUGUGUGCAGCACUUUGUGGGCCGAUCGCGAUAUUAUGUGGCCUGCAUGUGGUAAACUGUGUGUUGUGUUGCACUAUGUGGGCUGUGUUGUGCUAUGUGCUUUGGGUGUGGUGGUAUGGCGGCGGAUGUUGUACUAUCGCCACCAUGGCCUGUCGGGUCACAUUGAAGAGUAAGGAAAACAAAAAAUUGGGGCCACG